AUGCCUUUCCUCAGGCUCUCGGUGGGGCGCUGGCUCUUCGGCAGCGAGCGCUUGAAGGCGGACUGGCCUCCGACGGAGGGCUUGAGGUCCUUCAUGUUGUUGACCGGUCGGGUGCACAUUUUCCGCGAUUCGAACGGCUUGGGAGAAUUUCUGGAGAUGAUGCCUGGUUCGAUCUUUGGCGAACAGCCUUUCAGGAUGGGCGACGAAGAAAUCAAUGACGCCUUGGGCGGAGCGGCCCAUUGUGAGGAGCCAUCCAUCGUGGGGAUCCUGACCACGGAGGUCUUGGAGGCGGCCUUUGCCGAUCGCGUCUAUGGCAAUCCCCGCAUCGCCCAAAAGAUCCGCCACUCGCCCGCUCUGCAACGAGCGGUCUUGCCAGAGCCAGAUCCUUCGAAGCCGAAGGUGGAAUUGGAGCACCUGUCAGCUGCACAGAGGGUCGAGGUCUUUGAGUCCAUUUCGAGCGCUGUCCGGUCAGGGUUGGAUGAGAUGGCAAAGUCAAUCUCUGUGCUCCACCUCCUUCCUGCCGAGCCCAUUUUCACCACUGAAUCCAUCGAUGAAAGCGUGUUCUACAUUGAGGAAGGUCGAGUAGAAGUGCAAGCCGAUGUGACUCUCAUCGAGAAGCCGGAGACCCGAACGCCCAAGCGGACUCGGAUUCACGUACUGGUCGACAGAGCCGAAAAGCUUGCAGGAAACUCUAUUUUCGACAAGCUGGAUCCAUACGUGAUUGUGAAGCUGGGCGAGUACAAGCGCUUUCAAACUCCGGUGCCUGGGCGGAAGAAAUCCAGCAGCGUCCCAGUCAACCCAUUCUUCAACUAUGAUGGAACUUUGACCUUCAAUGGGGAGGAAGAGAUCACUUUCACCGUCAUGGACUACGACAGUUUCAAGUCGGAUGACCUCUGCGGAAGUUGUACGCUCCGGGUGGAUGACCUGACGGAUGGAUGGACGGGAAAAGCUGACCUUUACCGGCCCAAGUCUUCGGUGAACAUGAUUAGCAGCUCAGACUCUGAUUUGAUGGAAAAGGCCGGCAAGCUCUUCUUCUCUGUCAAGUGGGACUACGAAACCUUCAAUCCACUCAUUCCACCGAAGCAGAAGUCGUGGCCAGACCAGGUUCUCUUCAGCUUGCAAGAAGAUGCAAUCUGGGGCCACGAGCGCCUGAUGCUGGGAAAGGUUUGGAUGAAAGCUUUAGAAGGUGCAGCUUCCUCGACGAAUUACCGCUUGCAGCUCCAGCGCUUCCGGAUCCGGGCCGCCGAGCUGAAAGGGACUGAUGACCGAUGCGUGGUCCUGAAGAUUGCCAAUCAUAGGUUUCUGGACUUCAUCAAGAAGAGCCAGCGGGAGAAAGCAUUCUUGCAAGCUUGUCGUUUGCAAGCCCUGGAUGACAAGCAGCAAGUGGUGAAGCACCACAUCGUUGAGUUGCUUGCCAGAUGGGCCAUUGAGGAGCAAACCGAGCAGCUUCGAAAAGGACUCCUGGGCUUGAAGGCCGAGCGCGAAGAAGCCGUCGAUCCGGGCAAGUUCCGCUCCAAAUACCGGGGCGUCAAGGCACAUAUCUAUGUGCGGAACGCUUCCAAUCUCACCUCGGGCGGCUGGUUCGACAAACUGGAUCCUUAUGCGAUUGUUCGCUUCCGCGGCAGCAAGGAGGAAGUCCGCACCAGCGUCCUGGCAGAUGCCGGUGGUGAUCCUAUUUGGGACUCCAAAGGCUCCGUGACGUAUCACGGCGAGGUGGCGCUCGAAAUCUCCGUCUGGGACUUUGAUCGAUACAAUGCCGAUAGCCUUUUGGCCACGGGCGUCGUGCAAGUGGAACAGUUCUGUGCCGGCUUUGAUGGCAUGAUACCUCUCAGUAUUGCAGGUGGCAAGGGAAAGCGCGCGAAAAAGCAAGCCAUGACGCUUGGUGACACAAUUGGCUUCGGUGCAGUGGCAGAAGCUGCAGAGGUGGAAGUGGUGGUGGUAGCUGGUAGAAGUGACCGUUUUCCAGCAGUGCUCGCCCUGUGGGAUGUUGUGGGAGUUGUGCUAGUACUAAGCACCAGACAUGCAUGGCAUAGUGCUGGUGUUGUUGCUGGCGGCAUCAUCACGUCGGUGUAA